AAAAUGAAAUAUUGAUUAUCCAUGAAUUUAUAUUAUCUACUAUUGAAUGAAAAAAAAGAGCUGAUAUUGGCGACCACCGACGGUUAUAGAUGGGUAGUUGAGAAGGUAAGAAUAUUGGAUACUUAAAGUUAUUUAUUAUACCUCUAGGCGUAACCAACAAUGUAUCAUUAUUAACAAAAAAACGAAGUUCAGUUAAGUAUACAUGAUUUGACAGUCUGUGAUAAUUAAGAUUUUCAUCAAAAUUAAUUUUAAAACUCAUAAAAAAUACAUUACUCAAUUUUUUUUACCACUAAGUAUGCCUUAUAACGAACCUCUUUUCAAAUUUUCAAGCAUUUUUAUAAAGUAUAAUAUAAUCUACUGAGUACCUACUAAAUAGGAAUGUUUUUAAAUAGUUCAAAAAUGACUCAAAUGUUCUGAACAUUUUAUCAUGUCUAGAAAAUGCAAAUAUAAGUUUUCUGUCAAAAUGUUAAGUCUCUACAAACAUUUUUAACUGAAUCACAUUACAUAAACAAAAGAGAUCUCUUGUCGUUUUCCUAUUGCAGUAAUAUUUUUGUUAGAAAACGGGUCGCAUAAGUUAAGAAAAAUGAAAUUGGUAACGCCAGGGCACCAUAUAAAUAUUUGUUGUUUUACCUAGGAUUUUCUUUUGGGUUUUUCCUAAUUUCGAAAACCCAUUGGAACAUCAAAAAUUACUUCUCCAAUGUAACAACUAGACAAAAUUUGCUCUCAGAAAAGGUACUAUGCAGAGGUACAUCAGAACAAGAUUACUUUUCAAAGUUGUUUACAGACAAGAAAAAAAACAUCAUAAUAAAACCAAUAGAUUCCUCAUCGCUAUUCUCCAAUUCUUAUACAUUUAGUACUAUUAUAUCUAGAAAACGGAUUUAUAUUCUCUUAUAAUCAUAGAAAGGCGCUUUAAAACAUCAAGAAAUCCCUGUAAAAAGCACUUACAAAUAUUGAAAAAAAGGAAAAAUGAGAGUUCAAAAGUCCCUCCCUACUAAUGACUAAAAUCUUAUAGGUAUUAUAAAAAAGAAUUACUUUUUAUUAAUAAUUUUUGUAGUGUUAGAAAAUGUUUUUUAUAAGUUAAAUCCGUUAAAAGAGGGACUUUUAAACCCAUUAAUUUUUUUCUGCUUUUUAAAUAUUUUUCAGAAGUUUUUGACAUUCUCUGGUGAUUUUUUGUGGACUUUAAAGCAUAUAAAUCGGAUCUAAUUAUAUUGAUUCUGUGCUAUAAUAAAACACAAAAAAUGUAAAUCAUUAUACAAUGGUAUUUUUAAAAUAUCAUAGAUAAUAAAUAUUUAUUAUUUAUGGCUAGUACAUCAAACAUGGGCUGUCUAUAAAACUUUCUCUAUCAGUGGCUACCAUACUAAAAGAAACAAAAUUGAUCUCGUUUCAUUUGUCAAUUAGAAUAUUUCUGGUAGAAAACAUAAGUUGCAAAAAUUAAAAACAAAAAAAUCAGGAAGUGCACUGUAAAUAUUUUCUAUUUUACCUAUAAAUUUCUUUCUGGUUUUUCCUAAUUAUUUUGAAAACCCCUUGGGAAAUCAAAAAAUAACCCGUCUAAUUGCGCUAACUAGAAAAAAUUACCUUUCAGAAAAUAUUUUGCACUUGAUACUUCAAAGCAAGAUUUUUGGUACAAAAGUUGUUCACAGACAAAAAAAAAAACAGUAAAACCAAUAGAUUCAUCAUUGUAAUACUUCGAAUCUAAAAAAAAUAGUACCAAUAAAUCUAUUUUGAGCUAAUACCAUAGAUAAUAGAUAUUUAUUAUACUAGUUUAUUGCUAGUACAUUUCACAUGACAAGUCUAUAUUGGUGGCAUUUACAACAAAAAAUUACUAGUUUCUUUACAGUAUUUAGAAUAUCAAAAGAGAUUAUGUGAUAAGACAAUAGCACUUAGAACUUUAAUGAAUGAAAUAGCAUCAAUUAUUUAAUAAAAUUCUAUAGUAAACAAUUAACUCAAGUUUAACUGUGAAUUACUUCACAGUUAAAUAAAAUGUGAUUGAUACAUUAUUCAUUUUUUGAUUGAGGUGCCAUACAAUUAAUAGUAUAUCGUAAAAAUUGGGUAUUUGUCAUAAGUGUAGUUAAUCGAUUGUAGUGUCGUUCACUGUAUGCCAUCAGUCCUUGCAAUUUUUCUUGAGUUAUAUCUAAUUUUCCCAACAUAAUAUCUUCCAAAAGAAUAUUUAAUACAAGCUAAAACAAAUUUUUAAAUAUUGUAAUUAAAAUGUAUAUUAUAAACCCAAGACUCUCAACCUAGGGUGGCGUACUCCCCAAAUUGAGAGUAUACAUUUUAAACAAAUAAUAUUGUUAAAUACUUGUGCUGCAAGACAAUAUUUUCCAUUAGUAUUCCAAUCAACAACAUAAUCUAACAGUUUUUCUUUGUGUUCUCGACUGAUAUUAUCAAAUACCAUUUUUAAAUUUUCUGCUUGGCCUCCUUUAGAUAAAGCUACAAAAAUGAAGAAAUUAUUACUUGUAAUUAUUUAAUAAUAUAAUUAUAAUAAAAAUCAUAAAAUAUAACUAAUUUACUUUGAAUUAUUUUAAGUGAUGUAUUUGGCCUUUCUAACACAAUAGACAUUUUAAGUGCUGGUAACAACUGUUCAUUUCUCAAUAAGUUUUGAAGUUGUUGGUCUUGUAAUUCUUUAGUUUGACGAGCAGCUGCUUCAGAUAUUUUUACUUCUUCAGUUCGAUCGUGCCAAACAACUAACCGAGAAUCAGUACCGCCAGUCACCAUAUAUGAACCAUCUUCCACAACUAGAAAAUAACCAUUAAAUACAAAUCAUAUGUAAUUAAAUUAUUAUACUUACUCGACAAAGCCCACACUUUUGAUGAAUGUUUGUCAAGUGUAGUAACACAUUCACUAGAUUUUAAACACCAAAUUUUAAUGAGGCCAUCUCCACCACAACUAGUUACUUGAGUACCAUGAUUCAAAAAUCCACAUUUUAAAACUGAUGAAUCAUGACUUUCCAAUGUCUAGAAAUUAAUAGGUUUAAUUUUUCAGGAAUAAAUUAUUUAUUUAGUUUAGUUUUUUUAUUUUAGUUACUUUAAUACAAGAGUAAUCAUUUAUGGACCAUAUUUUUAAUGUAGUAUCUGCUGAUGAUGAUAGCAAUACUUGAUCUAUAGGAGAGAAACGCACACACCAAACACCUCGUUUAUGACCUCUGCAUACUCCAAGAACUGAUAAAUCAUUUGCAGACCAAAUCUAAGCAUAACAUAAAUUAAUAUCAUAAGAAAAUAUAUAUAUACAAAUAAAUUACCUUAAUCAACUUAUCUUGAGACCCAGUCGCAAUUAACUGAUUGUUAGGUGCUAUGCAAAUACUAUUUAUAUCCUUUUCAUGAGCAACUUCUGUUAAUUUAACAAUCAGUAUGUCUGGUUCUCCUGAAAUUAAAAUUUACAAAUUAAAGAUUGCUAAAAUUGUGUUCCAAUAAAUAUUGACUUAUACCAAUUUUGAAUUGUUUAGGAAGUUUCCAAAAUUUUAAUGUAGUAUCUGUACUGGCUGACACUAAAAAAUCUAAAGAUUUAGAAAUGGCUAUUGUGUUAACUGCACUUGUAUGUCUAGAACCAAUAGCAACACAUUCAGCUGUCUUGCUUUCAUUACAGUAUAACCAUACUCUAAUGCUGUGAUCCUAUGGAAAAAUUAUAUUAUAAAAUAAACAAAUAUUAUUAAUAAAAAAAUAAAUGAAAUAAUAUUAAAAUCAAAAUGUUAUAACACUUAUAAUAAAGGAGUUGAUUAGUAUGUGCAUAAAACAACAAACAUAAUUUGAUAUAAUGUUAUAAGUAAGAAGUUGGGAAGAUAAGAUGUAUAGGGGAAUUUAAUUUAUAUGUGUACGCAACGAUAAACCAUUGCUAACAAAAACGAUUCAGAGUGAUGUUUCUUUUAGACAUAAACGUACAUUUUCCUAAUUAUUAUGAAAACCAAUAGGAAAAUUAAAAACUGAUCUUCCUAAAAGUACAAUACUAAAAUUUUCUUUCAAAAAUGGAACUACACUUAAAAAUUGAAGUAAGAUUUUUUAACCAAUACAUUCCUCACUACACUCCAAAUCUAAAAAAAAAUCUGGGAAAAAUGUUAAUUUUUGCAAUUUUUGAUCUGUUUAAAGUCACGAUUAUGAAAAUUAGUUAGAAUGUUCUUGAUAAAAUGCUAUCAACAAUUUUUAAUCAUAAUUAAAUAAUAUUAAAGAUGAUGACUGAAAAUAGAAAUUAACGAUAAAAUAUAAAUGGUGAAAUGUGUAAUUACAUUAAAAUAUUGUAAAGUAAAAUUGAGACCAUUUUAAUAAAAAUAACUUAAAUUACAUUAUAUUAUAAUUGUUUAUUUAACUUUGAAUAUCUUAUUCUAAUAAAAAUAUGCAUUUACAUAUAAAUUCUUUCCCUAUUAAUAACUUAUAACUAAUAAGCAAGCUAUAAUAUUACCUUGCUGCUAGAUAUUAAUAAGUUUUUAUAUGAAACUAAACUUAAAACUGUAUCUGUGUGGCCCUUUAGUUGUUUAAAACAAACACCAAGUUCAACUUUAAAUGAUUCACUAAUAUCAUCAGAAAAUAUACUUUUUUUGUUCCAUGGAAAUAGGUAAAUAUCACAACUAUUAAUGGCAACAGCUAAACUACGACUACUUUCAUUACCUAAAAGUGUAACAUCUAAAAUUUCAUCAUUUGAACCACAUAACUGAAAAAAGUAAUUACAACAAUAAUAAUAAUUUUAAAUUAUAUAAUAUAUAACUAUUCAAACCGUUUGCUUAAUGUUUUGUGGUCCAAAACUUUGUAAUGUAAUCGUAUUAUCAGCAUAACAAAUAGCUAAUGUUGAUCGAGUUUCGUUGUAAAUUACAUUUGUAAUACUUUUAAUAGACUUUUUAGAUUGACUUUCAGUAUUAUCUUCCUUACAUAUAGGAAUAUUAUUUUCUACAUCCCAUAUAUGCAAAUUACCUAAAUAUUUAAAACUUUUAGUAUAGUAAUAAUAAAAUAAUAAAAAAUAUGUGAUUACCAUUUUCUCCUCCAACAACUACACAAAUACCAGAUGAUUUAUGUUCUAUACCUUGAAUAUAAAAUUGUUUAGGUAAUAUUGUCAUUGUUUCAAGACUGUCAUAUAAAGCUACUGUUUUUAAUUGUUUUUUUGAUUGUAUAUCCCAUAAAAUUACAACUUUAUCUCUACUACAACUAUUUAAUGAAAAAUCAAAUAAAAUAUUAAUGUUAUUUAACAAUAAAUAAUUAUAUGUAUGUGUAUAUAUAUAUAAUUUAAUUUAUAGAGGGUGAUAAAUAUAACAAAAGAUACGCAACAGCAAAUAUUAAUAAACAGAUUUACGAAUGUCAAUUCUGAUGAUCUAACCUAACCUCUCACUUACAGAUCUAAGCGAGAUAUACUCCUAUCAAAUACAUGAAAUACACGAUUUAGGAUACAAUACUAGGCGAUGGUCAUUUAGGAAAAUGAGGAGACGAAACUAAGAAUGUUUGAAAGAAGAAUCCUAAGAAAUUCUAUAGUUCUCGCAUCCUACACAGGAAAAUGGCAAAAAUAACACUACCAUUAACUUGAAGAAUUGUUUCAGAGACUAGAAAUUUCAAUAAAGACUAGGAAAAGGAGGCUGAUGUGGACAGGGCAUGUAUGGCGGAAAAUAGUACCCAUAGUUAGAACGACUAUUGCGAAGAACAUAAUUAGCUAGAUGCCUCUGGAAUAACUGUGUGAGAGUGAACAUGGGAAUGAUUCAAUUAUAUAUAUAUCGUGAAGGAUAGGCAAGGAUGGAAAGGAAUCUAUUUAGGGGCAUGGCUCAAUAACCGAACCAGAAAAUGAAGAAGAAAUAGUAGAGUUUUAAUAACAUUUGUUGAUAAAAACAUAUCAGUCAUUUAAAAUUCAAAACCCUCAAAUAUAAAGCCAAUGCAACAUUUUAAAAUUGCUUGUUUUUUAAAUUAUCUAAAAAAAAAAAAAAAACUAAGAUGUUCAAUGUUUGUGAUAUUGAUCACUGUAUACAUAUUACCUUAUGAGAUAUUGCUUUGUAUAGAAUGAUAUUCCUGUAACAGUACUAAAAUGGCCUUGUAAUUUAAAUAAGUGUUUUCCUUUGUCACAAUUCCACACAUGAAUUUCAGACAUAUCAUCAGCAGCAAAUAACCAAUGUUCAGACUCUGAGAUUUGCAAAAACUGCAUGACACUUGUAACACCUUGUAACCCAUGCAGUGCAUAUAAACAAUGAGCUUUUUCAGACUGCCACAGUCGUAUAAUUGAAUCAGUUCCUCCAGAUGCAAUUAUCUGAUCACUAGUAAUUGCUAAUCGUACAACUGGACCUUUGUGAAGAUGAUUCCAUGACUUGAUUAACUUUCUUUCUGAAAAUCAAUUUAUGUUACAUACAUUACUUAUAUGUGAAAAUAGCGGUUUUAGGAUAAUGGGAACGGGUGCAGCCACUGUUACAGAUAAUUUAAUAUAUACCUGUAAGGUUAGGUAUCAGAUUGAAAAUACAAAAUAUGUGACAGCCUGUGAUGAGGAAAUAAUAGCUUAUACAACACCAAGAAUUAAAUCUUAUAUUUUUAAAUAAUUUAAACCAAAAUACAAUGAAAAGAGAAAAGAAAAAACGAGGUAAUACACAGAAUGAUUAACCCAGAGUGGAAUAUGUGCGCCCGUAAUGACUUCCAGAGCAUGCUGAGCUCCAGAUUUAGAACCGAACACUUAAAAAGAGUGUAGAAAUUGGCAAUAAAUAAACUAUUAUUAUAAUUAAAUACCUGUAUUUAAUGAUUUAAUUAAAAAUGUAAUUAAGAUCUUACCAUUCCAAUUCCAUGUGCAUAGUAAACCACUCUUAUGAGAUGUUAUUAAAUUUUUACUAGUUGGGUCUAAAGUAAAUGUUAUUAUUGUAUCAAUAGACAAAUCUUCUUCAUCUUCUUCAUCGCCAGUUUUUACAGAAACAGUACGCUUAGGUAUUGUAUCAAUUAUUGUAGUGGUUUCAUUGUCUAAUAUUGACACUCGAGGACCACAUUGACAUAAUAAAUUAUUACCAUCUGGAGUCCACUGUAAAUAGAAAUUAAAAUAUAACUGUUAAAUAAAUAUAUAAAUAUGCAUAUUAAAUAAAUAAAAUAAGCACAAUACCAUAUUUUCCUUCAAAAAUACCUCUAGUAAAUAAUAAGUAUGACUAUUAAAGAGCAUGAUAGCAAACUAUUAAGAGUUAAUAGGAAAAAAUUUAAACCAAGACACAUAGUAGUGUAAAAAGUUUAUUUAUUAACUAUUUAGUUUCGGCUGUCAUCAUCAGGUUACUGAUUUAAAAUUUAGAAAUAAUUUAAAUCCUAUAUAUAUACUAUAUAUAAUAGAUAAUUGAAUAGAAAAAAAAUAAACAUUAUACAAUUAUAAUAUAAACAAAUGAUGGCAUUUAAAUAGCAUACAUAAGAGUUCUUUAAGUAUUGAAAUUUGAAAGUUACAUUAUAUAUUUUCUGUUCAUAAUUUCUAGUUAAAAUAUAAUAAAUUUAAUUUAACUGAGCAUAUGAUAAUUGCUAAUACAUUAAUAUUAUCCCUUUAAUAUAAGUAAUAUAUUUAUGGUUUAUGUGUUAUAAAGUUGCGAGUUUUAAUGUUAUAAUAAAUUAUAUGUAACAUUAAAAAAAUUCAAAAUAUUAAUAGGUAGAAGACAUUCUUGAUUUUAAGAUAAAAUAUGAAUGUAAAUGUUUGUAUACACAAUAUUUUUGAUUGUAGUAUUUUAUAUUGUUAAUUAACACUCAACAUUUAAAAAAAAUAUGAAUUAACAAAUUUAAGAUAUUUUAAUUUAAGUUUUAAUUAUUAGUUAUAUCAGUUUAUUACUAAAAUUAAAAUGAAAAUAUUAGAUAUUUACUUCAAUAUGACCUCCAGUAAAAAACUCUUUUUGUACAUAUUCUGGUUUAAAUCUGUAAAAAAUAAAUACAUUUUAACACAUAAUUUAUUAGAUUUAUAGAACUAUUAACUGUAAUAAAAUACACAUUUUUUUCCGUAUUUGUAAGUAAUUAGUUUAAAUUUUUAUUUUUGUUUUUCUGCAAGAAAAUACUUUUUGUACGAUUCCACCAAACUUUUCUAUUUAUCUCUUGGAAUUACGAUUUUAAUUUAACAGUCAAACCUUAAAUAUCUUUAUUACACUAUUUAUGUUAAUAAAAAGUUUAGAACAAGGGUGACGAUCUGACAACCCCAAAUAGUUGAGAUGAAGAUGCAGGUAAAGAAGAUACUAUCUAACCACCAUUGAUGUGAAAUUCCAAUGAUCACUUUUUAGUUGGAUUUCUAACUAUGACAUUUUGAAUGGACUUCUCUUGGUCCAUUAAAAGAACCAAAUUAAUCCAAUCAUAUUUAUUUUAGGAACAUUAAAUAAUAUCUUGUUAGAUGUACAACCUUUUUGGUUUAAUAUUUUUAUCUCUCAAAUUAUCCACUUUAAUUUUCCAGAGGUAUUUUUAUUAACUUAGUUAAAAUUAUAAUUUAUUAUUUUUAAUUCAUUUUGGGUCAAUUAUCUGUUUAUUUUAGAAUUGAUAGGUAAGUCACAUAAGCAUGAAAUAUAUUCUUAAUAUUUUUUAAAUCUGUGUAAAUUUAAAAAUUAAAACCUACGGGUAUGUCUUUUAAGAGGACGCCAUACCCGCAUCUACUAACUCAGUUCAACUACUGAGCAAUAUGCAAAAACAAUGCUUAUUCAGACUAUGUAAAACUGGCUUAAAUUUUAUUUUAGGGUAAAAGUAAUACAAUAAAAUUUACAGAGACGAAUAUUAUGAAAGGAAUCACACAGGUUUUUUGUAUUAUUCUAAAUAUACAGUUCAAUAUAAAAGAACUUUUUUUUUAGUUUUUAAAUAACUAAUACUUUUAUAAUAGUUCAUAGUUUUAAAAAAACACCUAUGAAAUUCACUUCAAAAUAUUGAUGUCAAUAAAUUUCAUAUUAAGUACUUUUAUACUAAAAUCAAAAUUAAGCUAGUUUUACUUAGUCUGCGUAAGCAUUGUUUUUGCACAUUGCCUGGUAAUUGGACUGAGACAGCUGAAGUAAGUGUGGCGUCCUCUUAAGACAGAGAAUGUUUAUAGAUUUGUUGUAUGUAAUUAUCAAAUAUUUAUAAUAGAAAUAUUAAAUUACUCAAAUUUAUAGUAUCCUAAAGAACCAAAUUUAAAUAAUAAUGUGUAUACAUAACUAAUAAAAAAGUUAAACUAUUUUAGCUUUUAAAUUUUAAAUUUAAACUAUUGAAUGGUUAACUCAAUAAACUAACUUAAUUAUUAAUAUUUAAAUUCAUUAACUUACAUUUCUCUUAAUUUAAUAGACAUCUUAAAUUUAUUAAAAUGUAAAUAAUAUGUACUAGGAAAUAAAAUCACUUUAAACGUUUAAACUGUUCAUAAUAUUAUUUAUUGGCACGUGUUUACAUUUUUGUUUUUGAUAACCAUUAUCAUUGUAUUUGCUUUUUAUGGUAUAUGGUUACAAAAAAACGCGGUUAGUUGUGGUAACAUUAUUGUUUGUUCUUCCUCUUUGGAAGUUUGGACCAAGUGGCAACUAGCAAGUAGCAUACAAAUACCAAACUACAAAAUGGCACAAUGGCGUAUACCUAAUACCUAUUUCUAACAACUAUCAAGUAAUAAAUAAUAAUAUCAGCUAUUUGAGAUAUUCACUAUUUCUCUAAUCACUUCAUUCUUUACGUUAUUGUGAAAUAGUGAAAUUUAGUUUGUUGAACUAUAUUUUCGGUACAUUAGUUGCAAGCGAAUUACCAUGGGAGAAGACAAAGGUAGUGUUUAAUGAAUACUUCUAUAGUAACACUUCUAUAUGUACUCUUAGUUUAUGUAAGUAACUGUAUUAUUAUUUUUUGGGAAUUUAGAAAGAGAACGUGACAGAGACCGAGGAGAACGUGGUGAAAGACGACGUCGCUCACGGUCCAGGGACCGCGAUCGUCACCGUCACCGUCAUCGCUCAAGAAGUCGCGAAGGACGCAAACGUAGUAGAUCAAAGUCGCCCAAAAACAAAUCUAGACGCAGAAAGCCAUCACUCUAUUGGGAUGUUCCUCCGCCAGGUUUUGAACACAUUGCACCGCUUCAAUAUAAAGCCAUGCAAGGUAUGUGUAUACAUAGUUAAUUUAAGGCUUUAUUUUUUUUAUUCACUAAUUGAAUAAAGGAAGUUUUGUGAUGUGGGAUAGGUACAAAUUAACAUAAGUACCUUAUCAAAAUUAAAAAAAUUAAUUAUUAUUUUUAAGAUAUUCAUAAAACUACCAAAAGUAUACUUAAAUGACGGCUUCACACGAGGCCACAACUAGACUCCACAUUCUACGACAAAGAUAACCUUUGCAUCAAUAGUGCUUUCAAUAUGUGGUUGUGGUCCUGUGUGAAACCAUCCAUAUCUCCUCUGUUUUUCCAUCAGUAGUGCUUCUGAGAAUUGCAGUUUAGUGGCUUCGUGUGAAAGCGCCCAUAUUGUUAAAAAAUAUUUUUUGUGAUAUUUUAAACAUUUUAGUUCCUUUUAAAAAAAAGUUCAGUAAGUACACAUUUAAUGUUUUAAUUUAAUUGACAAAAUAAAUAAAAUUUUUAAUUUUUCAAGUUGAAUAUAGGCCUUUUUUUAAUGUCAGAUUAUUGGUAGGUACCUAUUUCUUUUAUAAUGACUUGACUAUUUAUUUUUUACUUUUUUAUAACAAUUAAUAUUAAUGGCUGUUAAAUAAAAUAAUAUUUCAACUAGUUUAAAAUUAUUUUAAGAUUUUUAUUUUUAUGUGUAUAUUUUAAAAUUAUUAAAUAAAACUUCAAAAUUAAGGACUGAAAUAUGAAAAAGUGAUCUGGCUGAUCUUGUUUACUCUUUAUACUAAAUUCAAAUCUAUUUUCAGAAUUUUUAUUUAAGAAGAUAUUAUUCAUUUUAAAUUAUAUUAUGAAAUUGUUGUAAUUUAAAGUAUCUCAAAGUAUUCACUAAUUUCUAUAAUAUAUACUCAACGAUUCUUUUAUCGUUGAACAAUCAUUAUUUUAAAAAAUUUUUGACUAUUUCAAUCAAUUUUGGUGUUAACAUUUUUGAUUUCCCUCAACCUGUUGAUGAGUUAUUCCACUUAUAAGUUUGAUUAAGGAGAUAAUAAUGGAGCACUAUCGUACCACUACACAAAUGAUAUUCCCAAUAUACUUCCCCUACCCAAAUUUAAAACUGGAAUAUAUUGUCAAUGGGUUCAUAAGUCUAGUUGAUAAAUGUUAGAAUAUUAUUAAAUAGUGCACUCUUUAAGGUUAUUUAAGAUUAUUUAUUGUUUAGCUGCUGGACAAAUUCCUGCAAAUACAAUGCCAGAUACCCCACAAACAGCAGUCCCUGUUGUUGGAUCCACAAUUACACGUCAAGCAAGAAGAUUAUAUGUUGGAAACAUACCAUUUGGUGUAACUGAGGUAUUAUUAUUUUAUCAUUAAGGCAUAAAUUAUUUAGUAAUCAAAUAUAAUUUUAGGAUGAAAUGAUGGAGUUCUUCAAUCAACAGAUGCAUCUUUCUGGAUUGGCUCAAGCUGCUGGUAAUCCAGUGCUUGCCUGUCAAAUUAAUUUAGAUAAGAAUUUUGCAUUUUUGGAGGUAUGAUUUUUAUUGACGAAAAAAAGUUAAGAUUAUUUAUAAUCUUUUUUUUUUAUCUAUAGUUUAGAUCUAUAGAUGAAACUACUCAAGCAAUGGCCUUUGAUGGUAUUAACUUCAAAGGCCAAAGUUUAAAAAUAAGACGACCUCAUGAUUAUCAGCCAACACCUGGAAUGACUGAGAGUAAUCCUGUGACAAAUUAUAAUUCUGGAAUGACAUUAGACAUGAGUAAGUGAAUAUUUUUUUUGUUUAAAAUCAAAUUUUAAUAUUUUUUCUUAUAUUUUUGUUUUUAGUGAAAUACGAUUCCAGUUCAUUUGGUCUUGGAACUGUUCCAGGUAUGUAGUUUUAAAAUCAAAAUAUAUUUUGUAUUACACAUUAAUAAUUUGUAUGUCUUAUAGAUUCACCCCACAAAAUAUUUAUUGGAGGAUUACCAGCAUAUCUAAAUGAUGAGCAGGUAAGCCAUUUGAGCAGUACAAUACCUAGCCCUUUAUUUUUAGCAUUCUGGUCCAUCAUUAGCAGAGGUACAUUAGGUCAAUAUCAAUACAUGGAACGAGAAGAAGGUCAAAUAAAUAUAGUGCUAAUUUUUUUUUUUAAUUUUCAGCACAUAAAUUCCAGGUUUAUUUUUUGUUUUUUCAGAAAAUAUGUUCUUGUUUUAUGUAUUAAAAUAUAGCAGUUUAGAUUUGCAGGGACCUGGGGUAUUUAUUUAGGGUCGUCGUAAGAACAUGGACACUCCUUGCCAGCCUUUUAUUGACUUUUCGUUAUGCUUGCGAUACAUUUACUUUUCUUUCUGUCUGAAAACAAAUGUAAGUAAAAAUUGUUAAAACCAAAAAGACAAAAAAUCAAAUUUAAAAAUCCAAUGAAACAGUCAUAAGCUAAUAAUAAUUAUUGUUCCUCUGCUAUACCCCUUGCCCCUAGCUAGGGUACUUGGUUGAAAAUGAAACUCUGAAUACCAACUGCUUCCUCGGUCGCCUUGUCCAAAUCGACAAACAGGCAAGUGGUGUUUCGGAAUAUUACAUAGGUUAUUAUGUUUACGUUUCUUAGGGCUUAAACCGUUCUAUAUGUUUCAUGAGUAAUAUAUAUGUAUAUACAAUUAAAGAAAACUCCUUUUAUUUAUCAUAACAAAGUAAAAACAAAAUUAUUAAAUGGUUAGUACUCGUAAAUAAAUAUAUAAAUAAAUAAAUUAAUGUGUUGCCUGAAGUAUUAUGAUAUGUGUAUUGUACAAUCAGUUUGGAAUUAAAAAUUUGUCGUCAGGUGAAUUCGCAUAGUCAGUCACAUUUUACUUUUUGACUUUUUUGACACAUAGUAUAAUACUUCAGGUGAUACAUUAAUUUAUUUAUCAUAAAGAUGGUGGUCA